UGAUGGAUCUAGCCACAGUACUUCCUUGCCCGAAGCCCGAAGGAACCAAGAGGCGAAACAGCGAAAGAUCGCUUCCCUGGCGGCGGCGGAGAUUUCGUAGAGCGGCGGUAGGCGGUCGGCGGUUCUCCGGCGGGCGAUUGACGGCGUAAGGGGUUGAUUCGGCGGUGGUCCUCUUCGGCAAAAGGGUGGGCGUCGAGGCCAGUUACAGCGAGAGAAGAAGAAGUCCCGGGAAUGGGUUUGUGGACAUUACUCGAAGGCCUUUUGCUUCUUGCCAAUGCUCUUGCAAUAUUGAAUGAGGACCGUUUCCUAGCUCCCAGGGGCUGGGGCUUCCAAGAAUUUCCAGGCGGCAAGGCAAAAUCAUUAAAAGGACAGGUUACAGGUCUCAUUUACGCGACCCAGUACUUAAGGGUUCCCCUUAUUAUCUUAAACAGCAUUUGUAUAAUCAUAAAGCUGGUCUCUGGCUAGUAUCUUGUAGUAACUAUACCCUAUGAGAAGCUUCAUUGGUAUCUCCUUCCUCGCAUAUGUUGUGCUUGUAACAUUUAUUUCUCCUUUUUCAUUUCUUGAAUUUUCACUGUGAAGAACAGAGUUUAAGAUUGGAAUGGGGUAUGUUUUUUCUCUA